AUGGAGUCAUCUAUACGCCGCCAAAUCAUGGUUGAGAUGGAGGAGCACGUGCAGCAGCAGAAGGCCAAGGAUGCCGAGGCGCAGCAAGAGAUUGCGCGCGAAAGCCGUGCGAAAGAGCGGCAAGCGUGCUUCAAAUGCGAGCUGGCCAUGUGCCUCAGUGGCAUGGCGGCAAAGUCCACUCAAGAUGGCAAUGUGAUCAAAACCGCGACAAAGAUGAUGCGCGGUUGGCACCAGUCCCUGCGCUUGCUAGAAGAGCUUCAUGCAAGGCAAGUGACGCCCGACACCAUUUGCUACAGUGCAGCGGUUGCAGCCUGUUCAGGAGAUGGCAGAUGGCUGGAAGCUGUGGCGCUUCUGCAGCGCAUGCAAGAAGAAAUGGUAGAGCCAAAUGAAAGGACUUUCAGUGCUGCCAUCAGUGGCUGUGAGAAGGCCCGGCAGUGGCCGGCGGCCCUGGUUCUGCUUGUGGAAGCACAGCGGCGCCGCAGCUGCAACAGCUACUGCAUCAACGCAGCGAUCAGCGCUUGCGAAAAAGGUGGCCAAUGGAUUACAGCUCUUCACCUUCUCUCGCAGAUGCGGCCACAGUCCCUGCAGCCAGACGUCUUCAGCUAUAGCGGCGCUGCCUCUGCCUGCGAGAAAGGCAGAGCGUGGACCGCUGCGCUUGAAGUGCAGUGCCAGCUUGAGAGCAAUCGCGUAGAGCCAAACGUGGUCAGCUACGGGGCCGUUUUAGCAGCUUGCACCAGCCACUGGAAGGGGGCUUUGGAAGUGCUGUCCAGGAUGCGCUGCUUCCGGAUGACACCGAACUUGAUCAGCUACAACGCGGCAGUGAAUGCUUGUGAUCAAGGAGCGCGUGGUGACUUGGCCCUCUCACUUCUGCAUGAGGCGCAGUGCAGUGCGCUGAUUCCAGAUGCCACCUUCUACAGCGUGGCACUGUCGGCUUGCAGGCGCGGCCGCUUUUGGCAAACGGCUUUGCAGCUGAACGACCUUUGCGGGGAGAUGGUGGGCGGAAUCUUUGCUCUGCAGGCGUGCGACGUGGCGCCAACGUUUGCGGCGCGCCUCGGGGCAGAGCUGCGGCAGCGGGUGGCUCGAGCGGAGGCAUACCAGGUUUUUAGUGGCGUCGAUGAGCUGCAUGAGCGAGACCUCUUGGACCACGGCACGGCUGCCACCGUGACCCGCCGCUGCUUCCGCGCCGCCUUGGGCAGACUCUGCGCACUAGGCAACAGGCGACAGCAAGGCGCCUGGCGCUUGCAAGAGCCCCUGCUGGAGCGGCAGCCAAGUCUAGGCUAG